AUGGAUUUCGCAAAGCUCAUGUCGGCGCACAUAAAGAAGGGCAAAGAUACUGCCUCCCCCUCGGACUCCAAGGACAAGAAAUAUCUCAAGCGCAGCGAAGUCGAAGCGCAACGGCAAGCCGCAUACGUGGCCGAACAAGAAGCCGAGGAAAGAGCGCGACGGGAACGAUCAGACAGGAAGAGGAAAGCCGAGGAAGAGGAAGCUGAGAAAGAAUCCGAGAGACGGGAGAAGCGGAUGCGACUGGCGGAAGAGUCGCGACAAAGGCGCAAAGACGAGGAGGAGGCCGAAGAAAGGAGGCAAAGAAAACGGCUGGGUCUGCCUGAUCUGCCACCAAAGCAGAAAGAGGGUGAAGAUGAGGGGACCCCGAUACCCGACGAGGAGGACAUUAAAGACGAAGAUCUCGUGGCCAAGCUAAGAGCUCUAGAUGAGCCAGCGCGAGUAUUCGGCGAAACGCACAAGCAACGCCUGAAACGGUACAAGAAGCGCGUUGGAGCAGACAGCCUAGCGGCCAUUAUGACCGAUGGCCCAAUACCCACCACGCUGCAGCUGGUCCCCGAGAAAGACAUGAAGGUGGUGCUCAAGGUGCCUCAGGACAAAGAAGGUCGGGAAUUUCUGUUCAGGCAGCUGGCGAGCUACUUCACCAUGGUGCUCAAAGAAUGGGACACUACGCUCGCGCAUCGAGACCCCGAAGUCAAGGAGAGCUAUCAAGGCAAGCAAGCCUACGCAGCCAUGGUACAAGCACGCGAGAACAUGCGUCCACUCUUCAAGAAGCUGGAAAAGUUUGAUCUGCUAGACAGCAUUCUCGAGCCUGUCGUCGAGAUUGUGCAUGCUGCGCAAGAGCGACGCUACGUCGAUGCGAAUGAUGGGUACCUUAGACUCAGCAUUGGCAAGGCCGCGUGGCCUAUUGGUGUUACUAUGGAAGCCUACUUCACAUAUCCCCCGGAGCCUCAAUCAGCAGUCGACCAUGAUAUUCUGUUCCGGCCGGGCAUUGCCCCAGAUGGAUCCGAUACCUUCACGCCAAGAACGGUGAUAUAUGAUCUGAAAGGUGCCUUUGGGAGCAUGAGAAAGAUCAACGCACUGUAUGAAGCCGAAGAUGACAGAAGUAUACUGGACCAGACUGGAGUGUGGCCGUCCAAACCCAUCAUCCAGCGUGCCACGCAAACCAUUCCACAGUCGGCAUACCAGGAACACCUCGAUGCAGGCCUAAACCCGCCGUCGUUGAGUACAUCGACUGUUCGCUACUGGUCUGACUAUAGUCGAGUCUACUAUCACCCAAAGUCAAUUGUUCAACUGUCAGAGUUUGAAGUUAACGACCAGCUGAUGCCGUUCGAGAAUUGGGAAGUUGGUAUGGAGCUUUUCGAGAAGCUCGAGAGGGAAGUAGACCUAGUCGACAGAGAUCUACGACCGUUUGUCGAAGAGUGCGAUGGCAUCCAGGGCCUCCAAAUCUUCACUGGCGUCGACGAUGCCUGGGGCGGAUGGGCAUCGGGAUGGUUGGAGAGAUUGAGAGAUGAGUACGGGAAGAUGAGCAUCUGGACUUGGGGGCUAGGAAACCAUGGUGCAAACACGAAGACCCCUCGUGAGAGACGAUUGCAGCAAGUCCAAAACUCUUCACGAUCACUCCAAAUUCUGGGCGAACAAUCAUCAGUCUACAUUCCAAUGUCGAACAGUCCAGCCAAGUACCCAGGAUAUCUGUCGAUGGACGCUACAUCGUCAUGGCAUAUCGCUGCGUUACAGGCUGUAGGCCUGGAGAGCAUGACGAUUUCGUCUCGGCUGAGAACUUCCCUGGGUGGACGCGGCACGCUUCAGGAUCUUGAAAACACCAUCAACAGCACAGGGAAACGACGUAUAGGCAAGUUUGAAAUGAGCGUCGCAGACCCGGACGUUCUCUCGCAGAACGCUCCGGGCGAGAUUGCAUCUGCCGAAAAGGCGGGCUCAACAACAUCGCGACGCACAAGCGAUGACGACAGCCAGUUGAGCAAUUUCGACAUCGACGUCUUCACACGGGACUACAGAGUCACUUCCCGUCGGCCUGGAAAGAAAGAGCAUACUUUUGGCAGAGCGGAAUCUUCUCGGGGAGACUGGGCCCUCUCUGACGAUUAUGGUGGUCGUGAUCCUCAUGAUAGAUUUGAAAACGGGCCGGCGGUGCAAAGGUUUACCGCACCGAUACUUUUCCCGCUACUUGACAGUUUUCCAGCAUCGAUUUUUGACGUAGGUUCUGGUCAUGCCACCAAGCUUGGUGUCCAUGCUGGGCUUAGUACUAGUACGGCUGUCGCGGAUCAGAUACGAGCAGUCGAGCAAGUUGUCAAGCGAAUGGUGGGAAUCGAAGAAAGAGAGGCGCUCUGCAACGGCCUGCAGGUCCUCGCAGAAGAGUAUGAUGAAGGAUGGGACAGUGGCACUGACAGCGACGACGACGAUGAAUAG